AUGGAUAUAACGAUCACAAAUAUAAUGGACAUACUGUCAGAUGGCGAGGAAUGCGAGGAGCUCGCGAGAUUCGAGAAGCUGCAGUGGAUUGGAAGAGGAGUAAGGUUUGAUACGAAAACACUACCCAGCUACGUUCGACUUUACUGUGCACACGAGCUGAAGAUACCAAUGAAAGUAAUGGAGAACCUAUUUCCGUCCGACUCCCUUCCUAUUCCCAUAUUCAUGUCAUACAAGCUACCAAUGCCAUCGCAGGCACUCAUCUUCCCCAAUUCAGACCGCUAUGUCUCCUCCGAACCACCGAACAACGACGGUACAGCCCUUGCAUCAUUUGACCUGCCACCAAAGGAGCUCGUCGAAAAACUACGCUCCCCCGGCUGGCUAGAGCAAAAUAUUCUUGAUGGAAUCCAAUCCAUCGCCAAUCCGUCGUAUCCCGGUGACCGUUUCCCACUUUGGUCUGUGGAAGCAUGGCAUGAGUUUUACAAAGCAGUGGAAAAGCAAAGAAAAUGGAGACAGUGCUCACAGUGGUUAUCAGAACAUGCGCGUCGGCCUACUGCAACUCAGCUCUUUGUACUCGAAGCACAAAAAUACCUGGGGCAACUGGGAUGGAAUGAAAGUUUGGAUCUUCCCGGCAGUGGUACACACGACACGACCUUUCAGUUUUCGCGGCUGGUGUCGGACUUGAAGAUAGAUGGGACAUUGAUUGACCUGAUGUGUCAUCAACUGAUGGAAAGAUUGGAGAAUAACGAACUGGUUGACAGCGAGCUAAUGAUCGCUAAUCGAGCUUUGAUGCACAAUGUGAAUGGUGCACAGAAAGAAAGAGAUCACUUGGAGCCACGUACCAAAUAUCUCAAACACCUAGCGAUGCAGAUCAAAGCCUUGAAGACUCGUUACCUUGUUUUUCCUGCCUUCAACGAAGAGAUACAACAUUGGUUAGCAUUCCAGAUUGACUUUGUUCAGAAAAAUAUUUCUUACGGGGAUUCUCUUGCGCACGAAGGUAUUCAGCCUCCAAAGAAUGUCUUGAAGAAGUUGAAGUGGUGGUUGGACAAUCAAUUUGGUGGAUGUUUCGAGAUCGUUGGCGACAGUCUUGAACAUGGGCGGCAGGACGAUUACAUCGUGUGCGGCUUGCUGGCCGUCAACACUAUUGCUCAUAGAGCACUCGGUGAACCAUUAUGGACCUUAUCGAGGAAGGUCUGGGACCGAGUCAACUGGUUUAAUGUUUUAUGCAAAGCCCACAUUGCCUCGAACCACCCAGGCUUCAAUUCUCCAUCUCGACUCCCUUCCCCGAUUACAGACCUUCAUAUCGAACCUCAGCCGCUAACAGAGCUCACGAAACCAGUGGUAACCGACGCAGCAGAACCGUCGUCGAAAACAAGUGUGGAUGACUUGGAUUGUUUUGUACAGCUCGAUGUUUCACCUAUGUUUGAUUCGAAAGGGGCAGGAGAGAGAAAAAGAGGGAUAGAGGAGGUAGCAUCAUCGUCGCCAUCGUCGCCUCCAUCAAAGAAGGUGUGCUUGGAUUGUGACGACUAUGUCACAGUAGUCACACUCGACCCGCCUCUUUCCGCAACCAGCGACAACAACGAAGACUAUUCUUCCGAUGCUGCGUCAGAUGGAGAGGAGUUUGAACCUUAUGAAAUCGAUUUUAUUCGUUCUCUACGCCCACCUGGUUCAUCCAAAUCAGCCACUUGGUCUCGAUCACAACGAGAACUCUACCACAGUGAUCCUCAACAUUUCUCGCCCAUCGAUAGCACCAAUGUAGUUCGGCUGAAACAGUUUCGAACUAGAAUUCUUCAGUUGUGCUCGAGCUCUGAGGUGUUGGAUGCCAUGCAUGUUCGGCAUGUCAAGUGCGGGCGCGAGUUAACCAUGAAGGACCCAUUCAACACAGGAAACUACAAAACACACCUCAAAACAUGUCCGGCUUUGAAGGGGAAGAAAAAUCAGAACGACGGCGCAGAGAUGUACCGCCUCACCAACUUUUUUCAGCCAUCCACGUCUCAAGGUCAAUUCGCCUCAGUUCCCACACGCCAUACUACUCGAAAACUAGUCGAAGUCCCAUGCGGUGGUCUCACAAGUGGUCAAAAUCCACUCAUUGACAUGUACAUCGAUCGUACAGGUGCGGAAGGUGGUGGGGCACGCUCAGUCAAUACCAUUUCCGUAGACAUCUAUGGAAAGAGGUAUAGGUAUCUCUCAUCAGAACGCAAGCAGCGCGUCAAACAUCUCCAACGACUAUCACAGGUCUGGAAGAUCGACCGUCAACGUUACUGCAUAUAUUCUUCUAAUUGCACGAAAGUUGCGCUUGUUGACCCCUCCUCCCCCUCAAACUCAGCGCCAGCUUGUGCAUCUUGUUUCGCCGUCAGCCGACUCAAAGUUUUCAAAAAUGCCAUUUCUAUUGCCAGGCCAUUAGACAAGAAUUACAAGUAUUUGAACCACGAAUAUCAGAAUAAGAACCUUGGUAGUAUUUAUGCUCGAGCAAAAGGUCUCGAGAAAUUGAUUCAAUCCGAGAAUUCUUCAACCACAGUGUGCGCAAUAUAUGUUACCGAAGUCUUGGAAGGGAAGCACAGUGGGAAUAGAGGGGAUGAAUUCUUCGGCUCACUGCUCCAAGCUAUGUUGGUCAAACGAAGCAAAGCGGAACGCGGUGUUGGCUUACAGAAUUUCCGCCAUGCCCCCGAUCUAAUUCAAAUCGCUCAUAUGGUCCAGAUGCAUAGUACUGUAGCCUACCAAUUUCUCCGGGAAUACAUGCCGCUACCUACAGUCAGAGCGCUACAACAGCUCCGGUCAAAGGAACCAUCGUUUCCUCUUGACAUCGAGGAAGAGACAUUUGUCCGAGCUGCACAUUACCUCAGUGUCAUGGCUUAUAAUGGUCCAGUGGCACUUAGCUGUGACGACACCAAAUUACUGCCGGCACUUCGCCCAUACUACGACAAGCCAAAUGAUUGCUACUAUGUUAUUGGUGCGGUCGGAAAGCCUCUCAUAUUAGGUGGUCCCGAUGAGUUUAGAGACAUAGUCAAGGAGGGGGUCAUUGUGAAGGCCACCAAGCUCCGUUUAUGGUGUCUUCAGAUACCACUACCUGGAGUUCCCACGAUUGUACUUGCUGCUAAGGCAAUACCUGGAAAUCUCAACGCUGCCACUCUCACUGAAUAUUCAUGGGAGAUUAUUUCCGGUCUUUUGAGACACGGGAUUAAUGUUCGGUCAUAUGCAUGUGAUGGUGCGGCAACAGAACGUGCUGUACAGAGAAAUUUGCACACCAAGGCGACAACGACGAAGACUGUCGGUAUACACCAUCCUGGUCCUUGUGGUAAUAAGCGGGACCUUGAGGUCACCAUUCACUUCUAUGAUGGUCACCCCAUUGCUUUUGUACAAGAUUCGAAACACGGUCUUAAGACUAUCCGUAACAAUCUUUUCAGUGGCUCGAAAUGUCUCACGUUCCCAAAUGACGUUGCCCUGUAUUCUCAGGUGCGGGACAUCUACCUGAAUGACGGCCCUAUAUUCCGGCGAGACUGGGAUCGUUACGAUAAACAGGAUGAUGCUGCCGCCACAAGAUUAACCUCCGGAGCAACCUUAGAGUGGCUUACCAAACACUCACCCUCCCUUGUUGGUCUUAUUAUCUAUCUGUUUGUGUUUGGAGAGCUGGUUGAUGCAUAUGAAAGCCGGUUGAUUGAUAUUCACACCAGAGUCCGAAUGGUUCUUCGUGCCUAUUAUUUCCUCGAGAUAUGGAUUCAAUUUCUACAAGCCACCAAAUAUCCACUGAAAAAGCAUUGCAUUUCGCAUGAGGCGAUUGAUAUCAUCAAUACUCUUGUUCAUGGAUUUCUGGAGUCAGUCAUCAUUUAUCGUGAUCAUGUCAAAGGCCAACGCCCAUUCCUUCCCUGGAGAAUUGGGUCUGGACCCUGUGAACGAGUAUUCGGGAAGUGUCGUCGGCUAGUAAAGGAUUUUAUGAUGGUCCAAUUUUUUGAAAUGGUUCCAAAACUUUUCAUUGGACUACGUGAAGAGGCCCUUGCAAGUCGUUUUAGUGAUGGGAAGGAGACCGUCAGUGGCUACAGCCACACUGACUUGGAUUGUCGUGGCAUGGACUUGCGAAAACAACGUCUGAUCCCAUCAGAUGAUGAGAUAAACGAGGAGUCUGUUCUGGCUUAUGGGGACGCGGAGAAUCUUUGGACAGUGCUCGGCGCAACUGCAGCAGACAUCCACACUCAAGAGAACAGCUUUACCUCAUUACCGCAUGUCCUAUCAUGGUAUUCUGAAAACACUCCAAAUACUCAGAACUCACAGGAUUCAGAGGACUCAGAGGACUCAAGGGAAGAUAUUCUAGUUGGGGACUCGGAUUGGUACAAUCGUAAAUUCUCGAAUAUUCAAGAUGCUCUUGAUGAGUUUGACCGAGAUCUUGACCUCUCUCCAACUGAAGACCACCGCCUCAUGGCUCUACGCUAUGCCGCUAUCGCUGAAUACCUUGACCAGCACAUGAGAUUAAAUUCUCUUCCGGAGCUCAGCAACGAAGGAGUAACAGAGGCACUCUCUGACGAUGGGGAAUACAUAGGCAAGAUCCUCGCAGAUUCUCUCCCAACAGUAAAUCACGAAAGUAACACCAAACCUUCGAAUUUUUUUGAAAGAACAACGACAUCGGCACCGGAUUUCUCUGCAGCUGACUUCAGCGAGUUGGUCAAGCAACGCUUCGAGCACCAGACAGAGCAGGCAAAGACGGGAGGGCGAGGUGUCACUGGUAAGACAGAUAAGGAAAAUGUCUCCGGUAGCAAAGAGGAGAAGAAAAGGGAACUUUCGCAGCGUCAAAAGAUCAUGCGCGAGUUGGAGCUAAUCUGCAGCGAGCAGGAAGUUGUGGGAGUUGGGACGGGGGUCGAACGAAAACUUCGCUGGACAGCUCGUGAUCCAGCUCCGGGUGGCAGAAAUGGUGUCGUUGAUGGAGAGAAGGCGAAUGGUCCAAUGGCAGGAAAUUCUGCAAAUGCUGCAUUGUCCGCCACUGCAGUCGCAAAGAAAAAACUCGCCGCACGUAAAGAUGUAUGGGCAAAAAAAGUGGCAAAACUCCCGAAGUCACUACGGUUAGGUGACGCUGGUGUAAGCCCCGAGACGCCAUUGACCACCUCGGCAAAAAAAGGGUCAGGAUAUGGAUAUGCCUUCGUUGAUAAGACCGUUGUACUAUGUCAAGUGCUAGCGAUCUAUUGCAAGGGCGGAGGUAAAAACGGCAAACAUGAGUUCAGAACCGAGUCUUCUAAUAUCUCGGCGGUUUCGUACCUUGUGGUCCAACUCUACGAUGAGUGGAUUGGCACACGAGGCCUUUUCCGAGCUAUACACAAUUCACUUGAAUUUCUUCGUCUCCGAGCGAAGAAAUUUGCACUCCUCCCUUCCUCGUUCUUUCUCUGCAUACUUGAUACUCCUGCGCAGGUCCAUCACGGUGGAAUCAAAGUCUCUGAGAACGAUUGGUCAACAUUUUGCAAGCUUCGCGAUGGGAAGGAAAAUAUCAUUACCACGUUGUCACCACCAAAAAGGGGUUCAAAGGGUCGACAAGCGGCCGCAACAGUUGUAUCGGACGAGUCAGAGGAGGAAUAA